GGUAAGACUACGUCAGGAAGAAAUAUUUGUCAUGGCGGGCACAACACUCAUACGUCAAGAAGCUUGAAUGAUUGAAGAAGAUUAGAUUAAAACGUACGGUUCAUUUCGUGGAAAAGAUUGAAAUUCUAGAAAAUGUAAUAUGGAGUCGUUUCUGGCAUUAUUUGACCCAGACGAUGAGAAAAAUAUUAUAAGAAGUACGUGGGACGAUUUGGAAACUAAAGAAGAUGCGUCUGAUUGUGAAAAUGACAGUGUUGAUGAAGGUGAAGAAGAAAAGUUACCACCUGAACCGGAACAAGGCAAUGUUGAAUAUAAAUUGAAAUUAAUAAAUCCGUCUAAUCAACGAUUUGAACAUCUUGUUACGCAAAUGAAAUGGAGACUUAAAGAAGGCCACGGGGAAGCAAUUUAUCAAAUUGGAGUUGAAGAUAAUGGAAGAUUGACUGGAUUAUCAAAAGAUGAAUUGAAGGCAUCUCUGAAAACUUUAAAAGAAAUGGCUUCCAGACUAGGUGCAACAACUUGCGUGCUUCGUGAAAGAGUUGCUAUUUCUAAAUAUAAAAAUAUGAAGGACAAACAAAAUGACGAGGAAAGAAGAGUGGCCGAAGUUUUGGUGAAAAAAUUACGAAAAGAUGAUAGAGAGGAUCAAGAAAGUGUCGUGGAUUUAAGGCUUGCCGUAAUAGGUGCUCAAGAUGCUGGAAAGUCAACUCUCUUAGGAGUGUUAACGCAAGGUGAAUUAGAUAAUGGUAGAGGGAGAGCAAGAUUAAAUAUGUUACGACAUCUUCAUGAAAUAAAAACAGGUCGCACAUCCUCCAUUUCCCAUGAAAUCAUUGGAUUUGAUAACGAAGGUCACGUCUUAAAUUAUGCUCAAAUGCCAACGGCAGAAGAAAUUUGUGAACGUGCUUCUAAAGUUGUUACCUUUAUAGAUUUGGCUGGAUAUCGCAAAUAUUUAAGAACAACAGUUUCAGGUUUAACCGGAUAUUCUCCUCAUUAUGCGAUACUGGUAAUUGCACCACCAAUGAAUGAAGCAUCGCAAGAACAUAUGGCUCUUUGCUUAACAUUAAGACUCCCAUUUUUCAUUGUUUUAAAUAAAACAGAUCUUGGAUUUUAUAAUACUCACGAUACCUUGGUCCAACUAGAAAAUGCAAUACAAGCACAUGGUUAUAAUAAACAAUUACUACUAUACAACAUCAAUAACAAUAUAUCGCAGUAUUACGAAACAGAUAUCAUACCAGUAUUUACAGUCAGUUGUGUUACUGGAAAAGGAUUAGGAGAAUUAACAUCGUUUAUUAGAGAUUUACCACCAUCUGAAACAAAUCCUAUCGAUUCUGAUCCAGAAUCAUGUUUAUUUCAAAUCGAUGAAACUUUUAGGGUUGCCGAUUUACCCCAACCAGUUUUAGGUGGGUUACUUGUAAAAGGUGCAAUAGCACCUGGAACACGAUUAUUGGUAGGACCUUUACCCGAUGGCAAAUUUAGUCCUGUCAAAGUUGCCAGUAUACAUCGUAAUAAAGCUCCUUGUUGUUUGGUAAGAGCAUCGCAAAGUGCCAGUUUAACUUUGGAACCAUCUACUAACCGCAGCCCACCUCUACCACAUUUUCGACCAGGCAUGGUUUUAGUCUCUGUACGAGAUAAGCCAUAUGGAACUUUAUUUUUUCAAGCUACUGUUUUAAUUGUUUACCAUGCUACUGCAAUUUUUUCUGGUUUUCAAACUACUGUUCACGUAGGUAACGUAAGACAGACGUGUAUAAUUGAAGGUAUAAUGGAUAUGAAAGACAGAGGUCUACAGACAAAUGACACGGCAUCUAUAUUAUUUAGGUUUGUUAGUCAUCCAGAAUACCUUCAUGUUGGAAUGCGUCUUUUAUUAAGAGAGGGUCGUACCAAAGGAAUUGGUAAAAUUACACAAACUUUUCCAUUAAUUGGUUCGCAACAUACUAUACAGUAAUUAAUUAAAACAAAUCCUUAUAUAACACAAAUUAGCUACAUAACAACAACAACAACACGUGUGCGUGUGCGUGUGUGUGUAUGGUGUGUACAGUAUAAUGUUUUCAAGAGAAAGAAAAUAUGAAGUCUCUCAUGUAAAAUGAAAGUUGCGUGAAUUUAAGAGUAAAAAAUUAAAUAUAAAGAAAAACAUAUCUUCGUCGAUAGAUUUCAAGAAUAUCGGAAAGGAUUAUUACUUCAAUAUUUUCUAAUAAUAAAAAAAAAAGAAAGAAAAAAAAAACAAAAUAAAUUCUAUGAAAUAGAAUUUUGAUUUCAUUAAAAUAUUUAUUUAACAAUUAAAAAAAAACGAUAACUUUUAGGACUGUAGCUGACUUUAAAGGAUUUACGUGUUACCAAGAUUAAUAAAAUUUAAAUAUUACGUUUCAUUAAAUAAUAGUAUAGUAUAUAUAAUGUGCUU